GUCAGGCGGGUUCCUAACGUCAAUUUAACCGACACCGGCGACAACCAACAAUUUAAACUAGGAUUUUUCUCUACUGUCGACAAAAUGAUGCGUGUUUCUGAAGAGUAGGCUUCUUAUUAACGUAUUUCCGUGUGGACUGACGCGGUGAUGUUGCCUCCCUCAGAGAAACUGCCUGUUUCAGACUGAGUUUCGGCAUGACAGGAAUGAAGACAUAUCUGCAACAACUUUCAAUAUCUCUUUUAAACGUCAAAAUCUCAUUACCUUGCUAUCAAGACUUCCCAUACAGACUUUCAAAUGAAAAUGGAGGAUAUGCCCCUGUCAGGCCCAGACAACACCAGGCUGGAGGCCUUGGUCCAUGACAUCUACUCUGAGCUGGUGGAAGAUGCGUGUUUGGGCCUGUGUUUUGAGGUGCAUCGUGCUGUGAAACAGGGCUAUUUCUUCUUGGAUGAAACAGAUCAAGAGAGCAUGAAGGAGUUUGAAAUUGUGGAUCAGCCAGGAGUGGACAUAUUUGGCCAAGUGUACAAUCAGUGGAAAAACAAAGAGUGUGAGUGCCCGAACUGCAAAAGACUGAUAGCAGCUUCUCGCUUCGCCCCACACUUGGAGAAAUGUCUUGGCAUGGGACGCAAUAGCAGUCGCAUCGCCAAUCGCAGGCUAGCCAGCAAUAAUAACAUGAGCAAAUCAGAGAGUGAUCAGGAAGACAACGAUGAUCUCAACGAUAACGACUGGUCCUAUGGGGCAGAAAAAAAAGCCAAGAAGAGAAAGUCAGAUAAGAAUCAAAAUUCUCCAAGAAGAUCCAAAUCAGUAAAACAUAAAAAUGGUGAACUGGGGAGCAGCGUCAGUUUAGAGCCUUACAAGUACAACUAUAAUACUGGCAUCAGUUAUGAAAGUUUAGGCCCUGAUGAAGUCAGAUCACUUUUAACAACGCAAUGUGGGGUGAUCUCUGAGCACACCAAGAAGAUGUGUACCAGGUCUCAGCGAUGUCCCCAGCACACGGACGAACAGAGGAGGGCCGUCAGGGUCUUCCUACUGGGGCCGUCCGCGCCGUCGCUGCUCGAUGCAGACGCUGUGGUUGAGAAUGACAGCUUUGACAUUCCCGAUGGACAGACUCUGAUGAGCCGCUUGCAGUGGGAAGACUCACCUGAUAUUUCACCCACUGACUCUGCCUCAUCGAAAGCUAGCGCCAACCAUUCAGAUUCUAGAAAGCCCAAGAAAAAGAAGAGGACGUCUCUCGGUUUGAACAGUGGAGGAGGAGGAAGUCUGACUGGAGGCAGCAGCAGCAGCAGCUCUCAGAGUAAUAUCGGCUUAUCGACCAAAAAAAAGAGGCCCAAACUCUCAGCACCUUCUAUUUCCAGUAUCUAUGAUGACUUAAACUAGCGUAAGCUCUGUCAGUCAGAGCAGCUCUCGUCUCCUCUGAUAAGUCCCUCCGUUCACACCUGCAUUCACAGGCCUGAACAGGGUGAGGUGAAACUUGACUCAGUAGUUCUUACUCAUACAGCCUUGACAAGUAAGUGAAUUUAAUUAGCAUUUCUGCUUCUGUUUUAUGAACACAGUGUUUAAAAUAUUGUGAAUGAGAAUCACAGAGUUCAGUCAGAGUCUGAAGGAACUUAUUGGGGAAAAAGAACCCUAACACAGACUUUACUUUCUGCCUAUUCCAGUAAUCUCAGACAGUUUGGACCACACAGACAGCUGCUGUCCCCCUAAAAUCGAGGGCAGGAUGUUGCAUCCUCACAAGGCCUCCAGCAGCGAAUCAGAAAUUGUGCCCAUAUGCAGAUAAAGCCACCAUAGUUGCUGUCAUUGUGUCCAAGCAGGUAUUUCAGUUUACGCUGUUGCACCAUAUGACCAAAGGUAUGUGGACACAUGAACGUUGCACCCAUAUGUGAUUGCUGAACAUAUCAUUCUAAACCAAAGGGUUUCUACCAGAGUCUGGCUGCAGGGGUUUUUACUGAGUGCAGGGGGACUACUGAAUGCUAACACUGAUGUUUGGUGAUCAGGUCUGCCUCACAGUCGGUGUUCCAGUUCAUCCCAAAAGUACUGGAUGGAGUUGAGGUCAGGGCUUUAUGCAGGCCAGUCACAUUCUUCCAAAACUAAACUUGAAAUCCAGUUCUCUAUGGAUCUGACUUAAUGCACAAGGAGUCGUCGAUAUGUUGAAACAGGAAACAAAGUUGAAUGCACACGAUUAGUCAAAAUAAAAUGCUGUAGAAAUUCCUUAAUUUGAACAAAUCAGCCACAGAGGCGUCCACAUACUUAUGGCUAUACAGUGUAAACAGAUCUAGGAAUUGUCUCUUUAUGAUGCCAUCACCACAUUUGGCAUCUCUACCUUUCAGAUAAAGUAGAGUUUGUUUGUUUUUUAAUUUACAUUUAAACUGAGCUGUACUAUAUGAUAACAUUUUUAUGCUCUACAGUCAGAGUGCAGGGGCUCUGCAGAUAAAUACUCAACCAGAGACUUGUAAUGAUUCAUAAAUGAUGAGUCACUUUUGUAUGACUCUAUACAUUUUAUUUUUAAAUUCUGCAUAGUAUACCUUCGAAAAGCACCACAAGUGAUCCUUCUCACAACAGCCAUUUUGAAAAGAAAUAGCAGUAAAAUCAAAGGUGUAGUUAUUACGAUUAGGCCUCCAUUUAGCUUUUCUAAUUCCAGGGCCUUGCUCGCUGACAGGGUUUACUGAUGCACUUGAAUGCAUCACAGCUAUCAUUAACAGAACUGGUUGCACCUGUGUUUCUCCUGCUAUCACAGAUUAACUUGCUUCUGUGAAAAAGGCCCGUUACAAGUCUUCAUUUGUUGACCAUUUUCUGAAAGUUCCUCCUCCUCCUCAUCAUCCUCAUCAUCAUCAUCAUCAUCCUCUUCAUCCUCCUCCUCAUCUGAAGUGUGCAGUCUUCCCGCC